AUGGAACACUGCUCUUUUGAAGAAAUGGAUGAAUUAGUUCGGCCAUCUUCUCAUUCAGUUACACCAGCAGUUAUCGAUUCUUCAGAAACUGAUCAGGUUGUUCGAAAUACAACGACUGAUUCUCAACAUAUCAUACUCAAAACAAUCGAAGAUAAAUUUCAAAUAGUUUUCGAUCGUCUUGCACGUGUUGAGCGAUCGAAAUCUACACGCACAAUCAUCAAGAACGACUCCAGACCUGCUUCACGUCGAUCAGUUCAGAUCGAAAAUUCGGCAGCUAUAUGUUCAGCAAAUUUACAAGCACAAGAAGAAAUCAGUCGUUUGAAAUUAGAACUUGCCAUAGCACGUUCACAAUCGAAUAAUAAUCAAUCAUCAUCACAUCAUAGUCGAUCAUCGGCUUUUAAACCAAUUCCAAAUUUGGUGAGUGAUAAUCAUAUUCAUAGCUCACAGGUACGAACACCUAUCAACAUUAUAACACCAAAUGUUAUCCGAUCAUCACCAUCACCGAUACCAAUAACAAUACCAACUUUUUCAUCACCAUCGUUAAAUUAUCCUCCAUUAGUCUCUACACCAUUUACUAUGAAUAUUAAUAAUAUUUUACCGAACUUUAAAGGUUUAGCAGAAGAACGACCUGUUCAAUUUUUAACUGAAUUUGAAAUUCGAGCUGUUUCUCUUGUCGGGAAAAACGAUACUCUUCUAUUACAAACUGUCCAACAGGCCCUUUCUGAAGGUGCUCUCAUCUGGUUCAGUCAAUUGCAAAGAUCUCCUGACCGAGCUCAUAACUGGAAAGAAUUUAAGACAAGAUUUUAUGAACGUUAUCGCACACCUACAAAAGUUGAACAUCUUCGUACUGAACUUCGUCUCCUGUUCCAGCGUUAUAAUGAGAGUACUUUAGACUAUUUUGAACGUCUAAAAACUCUUAUGGUCGAAAUUGACCCCGAUUGUAACGAUCAGUGGGUGAAAAGUAAAUUCAUACAGAAACUUCGACCAGAUAUUCGUACUCGUUUUGAUGACGAUAUUAAUCUGUCAAUUCGAGAAGUUGUCCGCAAGGCACAAGCAAUUGAAACAAGCAUCGAGCGACAAAAAAUUGAUGAAAAACUUAGGAUAGCUGCUAGUCAAGAAAACAACAAUUCGACUAAUUUUAUCACUAAUAACAUUUCAUUCGAUCCUGUUAUUCGUCAACGUUCAUUACCUGUACCAACGAAUACAACUUCGUCAAUUCAACCAAACAUUUAUUAUCAUAAUAAUGAUCAAAAUCCUUUUAAUAAUAAUCAGACAGUUGAUAUUACAAAUAAUUGUCUUCCUAUUAAUGAAACUGGUUGUCUACCUAAUGCUGCCAAUAAUUCAAAUUGUUUCAUUCCUCCUAACAAUGGACGUAAUAUGAUAAGUUAUGAUAAUCAAAAUAAUUAUAAAAAUAAUAACAAUAACAACAACAAUUAUAAUGAUAAUAAUGCGUACCGAUAUAAUUCCAAAUCAAAUAACCAUUAUUAUAACAAGAAUGAUUCAAAUGCAAAUUAUAUAGAUAAUAGUCACAUGUUCUAUCACGAUCCUCAUCAUUCUUACAAUCAAAACAAUUCUUUUAAACACAAACAUUCGAAUACAAAAUCUAACAAAAAUUCAAAUCAUAACGCAGUGAGUUCAUGUGAUCCUUUUAUGUCUUAUUCUAGUCAUUCAAAUCAUUCACAACCAUCACAUUCUACAAUGUCGACCCACGUUAAAUCUUCUAAGAAUAACAAAAUUAGCUGGUGGUGUCCUCAAUGUAAACGACAUGGACAUUCUUGGGAACGCUGUUCAUUUAAUCCGGAAAGUAUUAAUUAUCGACCCAAUGUAUUACUACAAAAUUCAUCUUCAACAGCAUCAUAUUCAUCAACACCUUUAAUUUCUUCUGCAACUGUCUACCACGAUAAUUCGCAUAAAAAAAACUAG